AUGCGGGGGGCGCGGGGGGAGCGGCGGCGGCCGGAGCGCGCUCGGGACGCGCGGCGCUGGCAGCGGCGGGGGCCCGCGCGCGUGCGCGCGCAGCGUGAGGCGGUUGGUGCGUCCCGCGCGCGCUGCCCGGCCCCGGCCCCGUUCCCGAGCUCCCUCACCUUGGUCAUCCUGUCUCUGUCCCGUCCCCGAGCUCCCUCACCUUGCUCAUCCUGUCCCUGUCCCGAGCUCCCUCACCUUGCUCAUCCUGUCUCUGUCCCGUCCCCGAGCUCCCUCACCUUGCUCAUCCUGUCCCUGUCCCGAGCUCCCUCACCUUGCUCAUCCUGUCUCUGUCCCGUCCCCGAGCUCCCUCACCUUGCUCAUCCUGUCCCGUUCCCGAGCUCCCUCACCUUGGUCAUCCUUUCUCUGUCCCGUUCCCGAGCUCCCUCACCUUGCUCAUCUUGUCCCUGUCCCGAGCUCCCUCACCUUGCUCAUCCUGUCCCGUUCCCGAGCUCCCUCACCUUGCUCAUCCUGUCCCUGUCCCGUUCCCGAGCUCCCUCACCUUGCUCAUCCUGUCCCGUUCCCGAGCUCCCUCACCUUGCUCAUCCUGUCCCUGUCCCGUUCCCGAGCUCCCUCACCUUGCUCAUCCUGUCCCGUUCCCGAGCUCCCUCACCUUGGUCGUCCUGUCCCUGUCCCUCUCCCGUCCCCUAUCUCCGGCACCUUGGUCAUCCUGUCCCGGUCACUGUCCCUGUCCUGGUCUCUAUCCCCGUCCCAGUCCCGUCCCCGAGCUCCGUCACCUUGGUCAUCCUGUCCCUGUCCCUGUCCCUAUCCCCGUCCCUAUGCCUGUCUCAGUCCCGUUCCCGGACCCGGCCCAAUCCCGUCCCUAUCCCCGUCCCGGUCUCCUUCCCCAUCCCCAUCUCAGUCCCUAUCCCCGUGCACAUCCCUGUUCCUAUCCCUAUCCCUGUCCCGGUCCCUGUUUCCGUCCCUGUCCCCAUCCCAAUCCCGUCCCCCGCCCCUGCCCAAUCCCGUUCCUCUCCCCAUCCCUGUCUCCAUCCCAGUCCCUGUCUCCUUCCCCAUGCCCGUGGCCAUCCCCGUUCCUCUCCCCAUCGCAGGGGCUCCUCCCCAGGCACUGGGAUCUGGCGCUGCCCCUGCCGUGUCCCCGCAGGCUCCAGGGUGCCGUGCCGGGAAGGGCCGCUCGGCCGGCCUUGUUUGAAUUUGUUUGAAUUUAUCUCGCUGCCUCUUCAGAGCGUUCCCCGUGCGCGCAGAUGAUUUAUGGAGAAACGUCGGGUGCCAGCGUCGAUAUAAAGUGUUGGGAAUUGCAUGGAAGGGAAGGCAGCGUUUGGGAGCUUGGGAAUGGUUAACUGUGAGAUCCAAGGGGUGGGGAGUUUUCCGCUGUGAAAAGAGGGCUGCGUGUACUGGUGGUGGCUGCAACACUUGCAACACUUGAUGGAUGCAGAAUUUAAGGGAGAAAGACAGGAAAGUCAUAUUCCCCCUUCUACACUUUGAACAAACUUCUACAUUUUGAACACUUUGGAUUAAUACAAACCCUUUACACAUUUUCUUGAAAAAUGAAUGUUAGAAUGAUUUUUUUUUUAAUGUGCAUCUUUUUGGGGAACACUGAUACCUAGCACACAAUUAUGCCAGGGUACAACAAACCACACUAGCAGCUGGAUGAUAUUGAGUGACAUGGAUUGGCUUCUCCCUGAUCUCACCCAUCCACUCCCACAUAUUCAUCUAACCUGGUGAGAGGGUGGGGAACUAAAGCAAAAGAAAGCCAUUUGUGCACAAAAGUGAUUUACUUCUGGAGGAGCAGACAGGCUUUUGGGAGAUGCCUGCAUUUUUUUGGGAUAGUCUAAUUAUACCCUUCAUCUUCUGGAUAAUGGGAUUUUACAGGACAAGUGCUGGUGACCAGUUAAACAGCAGGAAUAACAGCUUUCAGUGAAUAGGUCCAUGAUGGAAGGAUAGUUUUUUCUUGAGGAAACAUGGGGGGUUUGUACUUUCUCAGUGAUGGCUGUGGUGAUACAACUCUGCAUGCUCAUUCUCUGUGUCCAGCCUUGUUUUUUCCACUCACUACAGCAGAUUUCCACCUCAUCACAGCCCUCGAGCAUCAUCCCAUAGGGAUUGGUGGGAUUUGGGGAGUCUGCAAAAAAGCAGCAGCCUGUGGAAAUGCAGCAUUUGUGAACAGGGAUCCUGUUCACAGCUCCCCGAGAGGUGCAGAGGGACAGUCCUGCCUCAUGUACAGCACCAGAUUCCUCUUUGUCUCGUGUCUUGUAACAGACAAAUGGUUUCUGAAGCACAUGAGGACUGCAGUGAAGCCAUGAUCCUGCAGGACCAACUCUUGGAGCUGUGCCAUCAUCUUUACAUUCACUCCCUCUGGAACCAUGCCAUGGUCCAAAAUCUGGGCUUUUUACUGAGCCAGAAGACUGAGAGGACUGAGAAAAGAAUUACCUUCCAAUGUCAUACAUGGAUCUGGAAAAAUAGCUGACAUUUGUGGUAGUUAUGCUUUCAAUUUCCAUCUCCUUACAGUUCUUAUUACUUGCCUGUCAUAUUUUGGCACUGGGCUUUUUACUCUGGUGAAACCUAACUUGUAUUUUCAGGAUAUAUAUCCGUACCCAUCCACAUGGUCAGAGUGGUGAGAAUCAGCAUUUUUUUCAUUUGUAGGAGUUUCUGGUUUUGUUCCUUCCACUUCUUUUGAUUAGGUCUUUUCCCUUACACUCUUUUUCUUAUCCCACUCUCCUUUUGGAGCUGUGUCUAUUUAUUUAUCUGGUUUCUGUUAACUUGCCCCUGGCUCAGUCUGUGCUUGUUUAGGGAAGUUCACUACUGCAGGGUUUCUGUUCCUCCCCCUUUAUUGGCUUUAUUGCCUCAAAUUGCAAUGGAGUUGUCUCACCUUAGGAUGCUUGUCAACAGCAAAACAGAACUCAUCCAUUCUGGGCAUGGGUUUGUUUUGAAGAAAAAUCUUUAACUUCCUUUUCUUCCACUGUUCCUUUGGAGGGAAUUGGAUAAUAAUCCUUCCUCCAGCAGGAUCCUGUAAGUGCUUCAUUUUGUCUUGGCUGGGAUGCUGGGAAUACAGGGAAAAACAGAGCUUUCAGGGGAGUUUGUUGUUUUUCCAUGCUCUAGGGCUGGAUGACACUGCUGAUGGCCUUUGGCAGCACUCUGGGACACUGCUACUCAAGAGGCAGCAGCUUAAGCAGAGUGCAGUAUUCAGGCUGGAAACAUGGUACAGAAGUCCUACCUACAGUAUUCCAUCAGCAUAAGCCACCUUGAAAUCCAGAGGAAAAUAA